AACAUCUCUCUCUCUCAAAUGACCGUUGCUCACUCUUUCUUAUUCUGUCUAUUUUUACUAGAAGCCAAGAUGACUGUGAGUGUGGCUCAAACCAAGAAGCUCAUGAAGCUUGUUCUAUCUCUUUUCCGCAGAGGCUUCAACUCCUCCAAAUGCAAAACGGCAGCGAAGAUGGCCGUCGCCAGGAUUAAGUUGUUGAGGAACAAGAGAGAGGCGGUGGUUAAACAAAUGAGACGUGACAUUGCUUUGCUUCUGCAGUCUAAACAAGAUGCCACUGCUCGUAUCCGGGUUGAACAUGUUAUACGAGAACAGAAUGUUCUGGCUGCAAAUGAGUUCAUUGAGCUCUUCUGUGAGUUAAUUGUGGCCAGGCUGACCAUCAUCGCCAAGCAAAGGGAGUGCCCUGCAGACCUAAAAGAAGGGAUCGCUAGUGUGAUAUUUGCCUCUCCUAGGUGCUCAGAAAUUCCAGAACUAAUGGCAAUGAGGAAGAUUUUUGAGAAGAAAUAUGGGAAAGAAUUUGUCUCUGCAGCAACUGAUCUGCGGCCGAAUUCCGGUGUAAAUAGAAUGUUGAUUGAGAAACUCUCUGUCAGAACCCCUCCUGGAGAAGUGAAGUUAAAAGUGAUGAAAGAAAUAGCAAAAGAGUAUCGGAUUGACUGGGAUACAACUGAAUCCGAAACAGAGCUUCUCAAGCCUCCAGAAGAGCGUAUAGAAGGACCAGAUGUUUUUGUUAGCCCUACCAGCUUACCUGUGAAACAUACGCCAGUUCAGCCUGUCAAACCAAAUAAUUCAGCUAUCAGAUCAGCAAGUAAUGGAAAUAGGAGCACUCUGCAUUUUGAAGAUACAACAUCAGCUGCUGAAGCAGCUGCAGAAUCAGCGAAGCAAGCAAUCGCAGCUGCACAAGCUGCUGCCUAUCUUGCAAGCACAGGCUCCAGACAAGUCACUCAGUCAUCUGGUUUUAAUGAAAUUCCAAAUGCUUUAAGCAACAAAUCUGGAUCUAUAACUCUUUUUGGAAAUUCAGCUGGCCUAUUCAUGUCAUGCGAUCCCCCAAUGAACUCCGAAAUUAUAGAUCAACAAUGUGAAUCACAGAAGUUUGAUAGGUCUCAUUAUCUUAGCCAUGAGGAGAGAAAGCCUGACCAUAGUGAAGGUGGAGACGGCUAUGGGAGGCACAGGUACAAGGCCCCUUAUGCACAUUCAGAUAUAGAGUUUGAUGAAUCUGAUUGUGAUGAGGAAAUUGAAAUGGAAGAACCUCCUGCCAGCAUUUAUCAACCACCUGAGCGACCUCCACCACCAGUACCUUCAACUGUUGACAAACAGGAUUUCAUUCAUCAUGUUCAUCCUAAAUUGCCAGAUUAUAAUGAUCUUGCUGCUCGCUUUGAAUCUCUCAAGUAUCGUAAAUCGUAAGCAUAAUGUUAAAUGCCUAGAGUAUCAAUUUUGUCUGGGUUCUGUAAUCCAUACAUAUCAUCCAGUAUACAAUAUAGAAUUUAUAUAAUGCAUAGUGUAUUGUUCUUGAAGGAAAUCUAUAUAUCUGUUAUAUCAAUGUGAUAUCAUUCUUUACUGAA